AUGAAGCAAUCCAACCAACCCACGGUUCUACCCCGUUGGUGGUACUUGAUCUUCUUUGUCGGAGCAAUUAUCUUGUUCAUCGCUGGUGGCGCACUCUUCGGCUCAUGGUACUCCCACGCCUCGGGCUGUGCCAAUAGCUACUUGGCCAACCUAGACGAGAGCUGGAGCGAUUACACCAAUUGCGCCUCAAAGAAAAACGCAACUUACUACGCCGCUCUUGCCUGCUUCGUUGUCGCCGUUAUCUUUAAACUCAUCGCUUGGACCCUUCUCAUCAUACACUGCGUUCAGCGUCGCCGAUACAACCAGUAUCAGUUCGCUGCCAACUACCAGACUGUUCCUCCUAUGGAUCUCAACCAACAGCCAUACGGCGCGUACUACGCUCCUCCACCUGGAAAUCAAUACUCCACCCAGUAUUCGCCGCAUUAUCCUCCUCAAGCUCCUGCUUAUGCGCCUACUCCUAUGUAUCCCGAUACGGCGUACAACAACCAAAAGGAUGCCAACGCUCCACCAUCGAACAACCCUCACGCAACGGCCCAUUAUGCCUAG